AAAAAAUUUUAUUUUUUAAAAAAAUUUUUUUUAUAAAUUAUAUAACGAAAUAAUCUGAACUAAUAAUUUAAAUAUAUAAAUGUAAAUAUAUGAAUAUAUUAGUAAAACAAAUAUUAUAUGUUUUAAUAAUAUUAAUUUAUUUACUUAUCGAACUUCUUUAACAAAUAUCAUGUUAAUAAUAAAUCCAUUUUCGUAUAUUAUUAAUUUUCGUAUAUUAUUAAUUUUCGUGAAUAUGAAUAUAAGAUAAUUUUAUUUAAAUUUAUCAGGAAUUUUUUGAUUUAAUAUUCAUUAAUAAUAAUCAUAUAAAAGUUGAGACAAAUAAUAUACAAAAAAUAAUUAUAAUAGUGUCAUGGAUUUACGAUAUUUGUUCACAAAUUAAAUUACGCUUCAAAUAUAAAUUUUAAGAUUCAUAACUUGUACUAUUUAUUUCAAAUAUAUAAUUCCUUAUAAAUUACACGAGUCUUAUUUUUACGAUUAUUAUUAUUAUUAUUCAUUUUAUAUCCUUCAUCUUGAAUUGAUUAAAUUAUACAAAAUUACUUUAGUUUUGUACAAAAAAUUUCAAAAUUCUUGAGCGAUGCUAACAAGUAAAUUAAAAAUUUUUAAAUUUUAAAAUAAUUUAAAAAUUCCGAUUUUGAGAAAACAUAAAAGAAAAAUGCUUGCGUGAAAAAUAAUGCAGCUUUUUUUUACUGUUUUAACUAAUUUAGUAUAAAAUUUAUUAUAUUUUAAGAUUUUAAAUUUUAAAUUUAUAUUUUAUAUUGCAAUUGAUUUUUCAUAGCAAAUUAUAUAUUUGUAAACGAAACAAAACAAUUAAUUUCAUCAUACGGUUAUUUUUUAUUAUUGAUGUAAGUUAUUUCUGAGAAAUAAAAAUAGUAAAUAAUAAUAUUUCAUUUUCUGAUAAAAUAAAAUAAUUUUAUUAAUAUUUAUCUUUUAAACUUUAGAUCAACAAAAACAUUAUUUUUAAAAGAAAACUAAACAAUAAAAUAAUCAUGAAUAUUAUCUUUGAUAUAAAAAUAAUAAUUAUUAAUUAGUUUUAAUUAUUUUAUAUAACUAUUAAUUAGUUUUAUAUUUUAUUAAUAAUAAUUUAAUAAGUAUAUAAAACAUUAAUAAUAUUAAAGUAAAUAAUAAAUUUAAUAUAAUAGUAUGGACAAACGUAUGUAUGAAAUUAUAUUUUUGUUUAUUAUAUUUAAAAUAAACCCAAUGCGAUAAAUGUUAAAAAAUAUAUAUAAAAUAUAAAAAUAUAAAAAGAUACGAUAAAAUGAAAACAUAAAAUUGAGAAAUUCUAAAUCAUUAGAAUAAAAAAAACAAUGGAGAGUUUGUUACGAUAACAUCAUGUUUUCAGCCCCCAUCAAUAUACAUAAUUUGUAGGAAUAUUUUGCUUAUUACAUAUUGAUUUAUAUUCUAUUUUCUGUUGCAUGUUCUUAAAUGUCAUCUGAUUCAUAAGUACAAAGAAAUUAAUAUUAUUGACGUUAAAUAAUUGAAAUAAAUCACAAAAUAACAAUCGAAAAAUAUUUACUUAUCUGAUACAUUAGAUCCUUGUGUAGAAUUUCUAUUCACUUUUGCAAAUGCCACUAAAAUGGAUGACAGAGUGGUAUAAUCGAUUCACAUAUCGAUAACAAUUGAAAGCACGAUAUUAAUUAUUUUUAUUUUGAAACUAUAACUGUCGAAAUAUUUUAUAUUUAUAUUAUAUUUUUAAUGCUAGUCUUUUCUACAUAAUAUUUUUCUUGAUACGAUAUUGAUAUAUAUUAAUAUAUAAUGAGUUAAUAUAAUUAAAUAUUAUAUAUUUUAUUAUUACUCAAGUUAAAAUGAGCCAAUGAAACUAAAGAAUAAAAUGGAAAUAAAAAAAUCAUAUAUGCAUACACUUUAUAUACAAUAUUAAUUUCUAAUUAUUUAAUUAUACAAUAUUAAUUCCUAAUUUCUAAUUAAAAAAGAAGAAUUCAAUUUGUAAAGAUAAUAAGAGAAUUAUAUUCAAAUAUUCAGUACUGAUUACAGAACAUUAUAGAUCAAAUGAACAAUUUUUAAAAAAUCAAUAUUUUUUUCUUUAAAUCCUUAUAUUAUAUUCAAAAAAAUGUUUUCUAAAAAACCUAAUUUAAAUCUAUUACAAGUUAUUUCUUUUCAAUCAUGUAAAUAUCCAUUUUAUGCAAAUCCAGAAAAUACAGCUAUAUUUAUUUUUUAUGAAUUAAAAAAAAAUCAAAGCACAAUGACUAAUACCACACUAACAAAAGAAUAUGCAUUUGAGAUGACUUCUCCUACAUUACGAUAUGGUAUUGGUGUUACAAGAGAAUUGGGUAUGGAUAUGCAAAAUUUUGGUUCCAAAAAUGUUUGUUUAAUGACAGAUUCUAAUUUAGUAAAUUUAUUACCUGUUAAAACUGCUAUAAACAGUCUUACUAAAUAUAAAAAUCAAACCACAGUUUAUGAUAAUGUACGUGUAGAACCUACAGAUCAGAGCUUAAAAGACUGCAUUGAAUUUGUUAAAUUCAAAAAAUUUGAUGGUUUUGUAGCGAUAGGAGGUGGUUCAGUAAUAGAUACUUGUAAGGUAGCAAAUCUUUAUAGUUCUGAUCCACAAGCAGAUUUUUUAGAUUAUGUAAAUGCACCUAUUGGUAAAGAAAAACCAAUUACAGUGCAAUUAAAACCAUUAGUAGCUGUACCAACCACUUUUGGUACUGGUUCAGAAACAAGUGGUAUUUGUAUCUUUAAUUAUGAACCACUUAAAACCAAAAUUGGAAUUAUUAAUAGAGCUUUAAGACCCACUUUGGGUCUUAUUGAUCCAAAUCAUACAUUGAGUUUGCCAGAAAGAGUCUGUGCUUAUUCUGGUUUUGAUGUAUUAUGUAAUGCUCUUGAAUCUUUUACUGCAUUACCAUAUACAGAAAGAACUUGUCCUCUCAAUCCAAUUCUUAGACCAGCCUACCAAGGGAGCAAUCCUAUUAGUGAUGUAUGGUCUAAAUUUACUCUUCAAAUAAUGCACAAAUAUUUUAAGAGAGCAGUAUAUAAUCAAGAUGAUAUUGAAGCUAGGAGUAACAUGCAUCUUGCAAGUACUAUGGCAGGUGUUGGAUUUGGUAAUGCAGGAGUUCAUCUUUGUCAUGCACUUUCUUAUCCUAUUAGUGGACAUGCAAAAAGUUUUCAGCCAACAGAUUAUGGCAAAGGUCGUGCUAUAGUGCCACAUGGAUUGUCAGUUGUUAUAACUGCACCUGCUGUAUUUUCUUUUACUGGAAGUGCAUGUCCAGAAAAACAUUUAAUAGCUGCUGAAUUACUUGGUGCUGAUAUUAGUCAAGCUAAAAAAAGUGAUGCUGGAAAAAUAUUAGCAGACACUAUAAGAAAAUAUAUGCAAAUAAUGAAAAUUGAAAAUGGUUUGGCUGAAUUAGGUUUCAAAAAAGAAGACAUUCCUAUUUUAGUGGAAGGUGCAUUGCAACAACAACGUCUUACGAAAUUAGCACCACGAGAACAUUCAAGAGAGGAUCUAGCUCAAAUAUUUGAAAAUUCUUUUAGAAUAUAUUAAGAGAAAAAUAAUUUCUAAAACCAUAUUUUUUUUAUGAAUAUUAUAUAAACUAUUUUUUAAUAUCUAAUUUUUUCUAAGUGAAAUUUUAUUAUCUUUAAUUUAUUUUUUAAAUAAAUGUUAUAUUUUUUGAUAAUUAUUAAAUGAACGAAAUAAUCUGAAGUAAUAAAUUAAAAAUUGAAUAAAAUAUUAUAUAUUAAGAAUACAAUUAAAUCAAAAAAAUAUAUUGACAAAGAUAUAAACAAAUAAUUUAUAGUGAUUAUAAUGUCAUUUUUUUUAUCAAAAAAUCCUUAAUAAAGCAUUCAUCAUUACAAGAACGAUGAUAAGGAUCUCUGAAUUUAAUGACUUAUAUUCUAUGAUGUAAUCAUUAAUAAAUUCUUAUUCUUAUAAGAUUGUACAUAUAUAUUUUAAUAAUUUCAAUUUGGCAAAAUACAAAAUUUAAUUAUUGCCAAGUAUAUGUUCAUUAAAUCAUCGCACAUUUAUCAUUAAUAAUAAAAUUUUCAAAAAAUUAGAGAUUAGCUACAGAUUAAUACUAUCCGAAGCAGUCAAAUUUUAUUUUAUAAAUCUCAUUAUAAAUUUAAUAAAUUCUCGAAAAGCACUUGUUAGAUAGAAAUAAUUCUCUUUAAUAUACA